CCUGGUAACACUGGGCCAGUGUUUUUUUUCAGGCCGAGCGGUUCGGACGUAUCUCUAUCUCUGUUCGUCCGCUGUGGUUUUUGUAACGGCCACGGAAGUGCAUUCCUAAUUGUUCUCGCAAAUUCUUUGUGUUGGCUCCGCUCCGAGAAAAAGAGGGCUCAAAGAGCUCCGGUGACUGUGCCAGAGUAACGGGAAAUGUCGAAACGCAGUUAACUCCAAUUGAUUUCGCUAUUUCCCAAACUGUGUCCGUGUUUGUGUGAGAGAAAAGUGCAAGUGUGCGAAAUUGCAAUGCGUAUCCGUAUCGAGUUUUCUUGAUUUCCCAAAAAGCAAAGAAAAGGCAGAGCAACUUCAACUAAAAGUGCAGCAGUUCUUGUAUGGAUAAGCGGACCUACCUGUCUACUUGUGCCGACAAAGCCGACGACGCAGACGACGUCCAGUCGAGAUGACGCAGACCAAGCAGCCAUCAGGGGGGUCGACCACCUCGGCCGCCGACUUUGUGGCCCCCGUAACCUCCACGAGUGCAUCCAAGUACGCACCGUGCUCGCCCUCCGCCCACAAUGUCCUGCUGAACAACUUCCAGCUGAAGAAGAAGAGCUACCGGGUCCUGCUCCAUGGGCAGCAGUUGGUUUGGGAGCGUCUGCAGAAGAUCAAGCAACCAGCCCAAAGCAACGAGACCAAGGCGCCAUUGCCACCGGACUCGCCCUCUCAGCCAGGGGGAAUAUCCUCCUACGGACCACAAAGCCAUGUGCUCCACCUGGACGAUGUGAUCAGCAUAAGGAGCGGGGACACCAAGGCGAACUCCCUGAAGCCUCCAUCGCCGCCAGGUUCGGAACGCAGUUCCAGUUGCAGUGGCGAUGGUGCGCCGGGAAAGCCCACCAGUCAGUACCUGACCAUUAACUACGCCAUGCGGCUGACGAAAUCCCAAACGGACUGCAAUCGCUGGGAGCUGAGGAGGCUCACCUUCUUCAACUCGGAUCCCUACAUAGUGCGGCAGUGGGAUCACGAGCUGCAGGUCCGUCUCCAGAGUUCUUCGCCUUCGCGGAUGCGAGUGCGCCGUCUGUUGGUUUUCAUAAACCCCUACGGAGGUCGCAAGGCGGGAGCCCAGACCUACGAGCGUCAUGUGAGGCCGAUUUUCCAGCUCGCCGGAGUGGAUGCCACCUGCAUCACCACUCAGAGGGCGAACCAAGUGAAGGACAUACUGCUGAGCCACGACCUCGGAGUAUACGAUGCGGUUUGCUGCGUCGGAGGCGAUGGAACCGUGGCGGAAGUGAUCAAUGGACUGAUAUUCCGGCAGAUGCGAGAGCUGGGACUGGACGAUGAGCGACCGCCCUACAUUCCAAGACCGGCUCUGCCAGUGGGCGUCAUCCCCGCCGGCAGCACCGACACCAUAGCCUAUAGUAUGCAUGGCACGGCGGAUGUGAGGACGGCGGCCAUCCAUGUGAUUCUGGGCCAGCACCGCGGCCUGGAUGUGUGCAGCGUUAGCAAUGGCCAGUCCCUGCUCAGGUUUUGUGCCAGUGUCUUGAGCUACGGCUACCUGGGCGACGUGGCCGCCCAGAGCGAGAACUACCGCUGGAUGGGACCGCGGCGGUAUGAGUACAGCGGCGUCAAGGCUUUUCUGAGCAAUCGUGGCUAUGACGCCGAGCUGAGGAUGCUGGAGGAGCCCGAUCUGCUGCUGACCACGCCCCUGGAAGAGGUGCCGCAGAGUCCGGACAGCGUGUGCUCGCUGGGUGAGUCCGUGCCCUCCGUUUGCUAUGCCAAUUGCCAGCGCUGUAGCUUCGCUAGCAGCAUACAGGAGCAGCGCUCUUCUCUGUUCAUUCAGGAAGAGUCCAGGGAGUCGGAACGGAUUCACCAGGAGGAGCCUGAAGAAGACUCCCAUCUAGCCCCCGGUGAGGCAGCUCUGCUAAGGCCUCGUCCACGUCCCGGGAACCUUCAACUGCCUUCCGGCUCCAUUUCAUCCAUGAGAAACCUCGGCACCGAUCAGUGGAAGGUGGUGCGGGGAAACUUCUUCAUGAUCUGCGGAGCGAACAUCACCUGCGCCUGCGCCAGGAGUCCCAACGGUAUCAGUCGCUACAGUCACUUGGGCGAUGGUUGCCUGGAUCUCAUUCUGGUCAAGAAGACCUCGCUGCUCAACAAUGUGCGCUUCCUGCUCAACACGGCCGGCAGGAGCGGUGAUAUUCGCAAUCUGCCGUUUGUAGAAGUCUAUCGUACCCGGGAAUUCCGGUUCAGAACGCUUUCUGGCGCUGGUGAGGAGGACUACAGCUUAGCAGGCUCUUGCCAACCAAUUUCCCCGCCAGGAGAGAUGGCCAACACCUCCUCCGCGACAGAGUUUUCUAGCUGGAACUGUGAUGGCGAGGUGGUUACCGACUUGGACAUUACCAUGAGAUCGCAUUGUCAGCUCAUCGAGGUCUUUAUGCGGGGACCCCAUUCCUACAGCAAGCCCCUCAAGGGCGGCACCACGCCUACAACCCCAGCUAGCUCCAGCGAUAAUGUCUAUUGCUGCUGCAAGGACUAGAAGCUUUAACCACAUAGAAUUAGCAUCAAUCAUUGGCCGUGACAAGUAGCUCGUAGUUUUGCGUAGGGUAUCCUUAUUCGUAUUCGUAUCGUGUUAAAGAGCGGGUCUCCCCGUCAUUGUUUUUAGCAUAGCUCAAUAAAGCAACUGAUAUUAUCGACUGUAUUAUGGCAUCUGAAAGAUGCGAAAGCAAACCGAAACAUUCCCCUCGGAAGGCGUGCAUUAUUCACAAACCUAUAUAUUUACAAAUUGUGUACUGGUAUACUGGCAAUAAAAAAUGUGUCUAUAUGUAA